GAACAUCAAAGAACCCACACAGGGGAGAAACCUUUUGAAUGCUUUGUGUGUAGAAAGAGAUUCAGUCAGAAUGCCACUCUUCGAGACCAUCAGAGAACCCACACAGGGGAGAAACCUUUUGAAUGCUCAGAGUGUGGAAAGAGAUUCAGUUGGAGGAGCACUCUUCAGCAGCAUCACAGAACCCACACAGGGGAAAAACCUUUUGAAUGCUCAGAGUGUGGAAAGAAAUUCAGUCGGAGUGGCAUUCUUCAAGAGCAUCAGAGAACCCAUACAGGGGAGAAACCUUUUGAAUGCUCAGAGUGUGGAAAGAAAUUCAAUCAGAGUUAUCAUCUUCAACGGCAUCAAAAAACCCACACAGGGGAGAAACCUUUUGAAUGUCCAGAGUGUGGAAAGAGAUUCAUUGAGAAUCGCAAUCUUCAACGGCAUCAACGAAUCCACACAGGGGAGAAACCUUUUGAAUGUCCAGAGUGCGGAAAGAGGUUCAUUGGGAGUAGAAAUCUUCAACAGCAUCAAAAAACCCACACAGGGGAGAAACCUUUUGAAUGCUCAGAGUGUGGAAAGAGAUUCAGUUGGAAUCGCAGUCUUCAACUGCAUCAGUUAGCACAUGCAGGUGAGAAACCUUUUGAAUGCUCAGAGUGUGGAAAGAGUUUGAGUGACAGUCGCAGUCUUCAACGGCAUCAGACAAUGCACACAGGGGAGAAACCAUUUGAAUGUUCAGAGUGUGGAAGUAGAUUCAGUAGGAGUCGCAGUCUUCAACUGCAUCAGAGAACUCACACAGGGGAGAAACCUUUUGAAUGCUCAGAGUGUGGAAAGAGAUUCAGUCAGAGUGGCCAUCUUCAACUGCACCAAAGAACCCACACAGGAGAGAAGCCCUUUGAAUGCCUGGUGUGUGGAAAGAGAUUCACUGAACAUGGCACUCUUCAAGUGCACCAAAGAACCCACACAGGGGAGAAACCUUUUGAAUGUUCAGAGUGUGGAAAAAGAUUCAGCAAACGUGGCAAUCUUCAACGGCAUCAGAAAAUGCACACAGGGGAGAAACCAUUUGAAUGUUCAGAGUGUGGAAAGAGAUACAUUGAGAGUUCGAAUCUUCAACGGCAUCUGAGAACCCACACAGGGGAGAAACCUUUUGAGUGCUCAGAGUGUGGGAAAAGAUUCAUUGACAGCUCAACUCUUCAGCAGCACCAAAGAAUACAUAGAGGCGAGAAACCAUUUGAAUGUUCAGAGGGCGGAAAGACAUUCAGUCAGAGUGGCCAUCUUCAGAAGCACCAAAGAACCCAUUCAGGGGAGAAACCUUCUGAAUUCUCAGAGUGUGGGAAGAGAUUCAAUCACAGUGGCAAUCUUCAAAAGCACCAAAGAACCCACACAGGGGAGAAACCUUUUGAAUGCGCAGAGUGCGGAAAGAGAUUCAAUCGCAAUGGUGAUCUUCAAAAGCAUCAAAGACCCCACACAGGGGAGAAACCUUUUGAAUGCGCAGAGUGCGGAAAGAGAUUCAAUCGCAAUGGUGAUCUUCAAAAGCAUCAAAGACCCCACACAGGGGAGAAACCUUUUGAAUGCGCAGAGUGCGGAAAGAGAUUCAAUCGCAAUGGUGAUCUUCAAAAGCAUCAAAGACCCCACACAGGGGAGAAACCUUUUGAAUGCGCAGAGUGCGGAAAGAGAUUCAAUCGCAAUGGUGAUCUUCAAAAGCAUAAAAGGACCCACACAGGGGAGAAACCUUUUGAAUGCUCAGGGUGUGGGAAGAGAUUCAGUCACAGUGGCAAUCUUCAAAAGCAUAAAAGAACCCACACAGGGGAGAAACCUUUUGAAUGCUUAGAGCGUAGAAAGAGAUUCAUUGGGAGUGGCCAUCUUCAAAAGCACCAAAGAACCCAUUCAGGGGAGAAACCUUUUGAAUGCUCAGAGUGUGGGAAAAGAUUCAAUCACAGUGGUAAUCUUCAAAAGCAUACAAGAACCCACACAGGGGAGAAACCUUUUGAAUGCUUAGAGCGUAGAAAGAGAUUCAUUGGGAGUGGCCAUCUUCAAAAGCACCAAAGAACCCACACAGGGGAGAAACCUUUUGAAUGCUCAGAGUGUGGGAAGAGAUUCAGUCAGACUGGCCAUCUUCAACUGCACAGAAGAACCCACACAGGGGAGAAACCUUUUGAAUGCUUAGAGC